CAAAAAUCAGCCAUUUCCCAUCACAUACCCCAAAAGCAAAUCACCUAAAGCAAUUUGCAGCUCGAAUUUCUACAUCCAUUAUUUUCAUCCUACUCCUGCAGGCAUCUCUGCAACUCACCUGAUAAAAAAUGGCCUCCACUGCCUGCUUCUUGCACCACCAUGCACUCACCACCCCUAAUAGGUUGUCUUCCCAGCAGCGUCAAGUCUCUAGCAACACCAAGACCUUCAUCUGCCGUGCCACCCACAAGCAGCCUCCACAGGAGGACGAUGUUGCCCUUGUCUCCAGAAGAUUGGCUCUCACUGUACUCAUUGGUGCUGCAGCCAUUGGCUCCAAAGUUGCUCCUGCAGAUGCUGCCUAUGGUGAAGCUGCCAAUGUUUUUGGAAAGCCUAAACAAAACACAGACUUCUUGCCAUACAAUGGAGAUGGAUUCAAAUUGUCAAUUCCAUCAAAAUGGAAUCCAAGCAGGGAGAGAGAGUUCCCAGGACAGGUUCUUAGAUACGAGGACAACUUUGAUUCCAACAGCAAUGUUUCUGUCAUGGUGAACCCAACUGAUAAGAAAAGCAUCACUGACUAUGGCUCCCCUGAGGAAUUUCUUGCCAAGGUGGAUUUUUUACUAGGAAAACAGGCUUACUUUGGCAAAACUGAUUCUGAGGGAGGUUUUGAUCCGAAUGCUGUGGCAACAGCCAACAUAUUGGAGGCUUCAAGCCCAACAAUCAAUGGGACUCAAUAUUACUUUUUGUCUGUGUUAACAAGGACUGCCGACGGAGACGAAGGCGGCAAGCAUCAACUCAUCACUGCAGCAGUGAAAGAUGGGAAGCUUUACAUAUGCAAGGCACAAGCAGGAGAUAAGAGGUGGUUCAAAGGAGCAAGAAGGUUUGUAGAGAGCACAGCUAGUUCCUUCAGUGUUGCUUAAGGAUAUAACCAACGAAUUUGUAUGUAAAUCAACUUCUAAUAAUCUAUGAUGUUUGUUUUGAGUUGUCUAUCUAGCCCUUCUCUUUCUUUUUUUGGCAAAGUUUCAAAGGUAGGGAGUUGGAUGGAGGAUGAUUGUGGAUAUUAUAAUAUUUCCUUGAGUUAGCUGUAAUGAGUUGAAAUAUUCCUUGUCUCUCA